AUGGAGCCAAGGAAUCCCACAAAGCCAGACGCCACGACCGCCAAAGGGCCACUAGAGCCACGACCGCCGGCGAGGCAGAAGAACGACGACUCCCAAGGCAACACAGCAACGCCUCCAGAGAGGGAAACGACGCCCGCAAGCGCCGUCGUUGUUGGUCCAGCACGGAACCAGGCAGAGCUUUCCCCCGAAGCUCUUGGGAACGAGUCGAGGCCGCCCGCCACAAGCGUCAACCGGCGGCGUCAGGCCACCGCAAAUCCACAUCCACUGCUGCUGUCGCGCCAGUCUACCGCAGUGCCGUGCGCGCGCCACCGCCCCCACGGCGGUAGCGGGCCACGCCAGCCGCCGCUGCCGCCGGGUCGGAGCCCCAACCCGAGGCACGCCGAAAAGCCGCCGCCGGGUCGGAGCCCCACCACGAGCCGCUACCGCAGGCCAAGCCACCGCGGCCUCGCCAUGCGCGAGCAGGGCCGCCCCCGCCGCCGCCGAACCAAGCACGCCGGCCCCCGCAGCCUCACCAGGGGAGCCGAGGAAAAGCCGGCGGUCCAGCCUGCGACGGGAGACAGCAUAUGCCCGGCCGCGCCGCCGCAGCCGAUGCCGGGUUGUGCCGCCGCCGACACAGGCGCGGGAGCCCCCGAUGCUGGGUCGCGCCACCGCCGCCGAGCCCCGGCGCAAGGAGGCCCCGAGGGGGCAGAUCCGGAGACCGAAGAGGCGGAUCCGGGCCCGCACGUGGUGGAUCUGGCCGUUGGCCACCGGAAACCGCCGCCGUCGCCAUGGCGAUUAUUAAAUGUUAAAGUUUACGUUGAAAAGCAACAGAUUGAUGUUUUCUCCUUCUCGAGGCCACAGAAAAUUCAGGGCUGGCCCUGCGUGCGCGCCGUCUUCGCACAGGCGCAGUGCUUCAGCUAG